AUGUCGGCCAUGGUGACUGAGGGGGGGUUCGGGUUCGGGUCAGGAGGGUGGAUGUGGGAGCAGGACAUGGUGUUUGAGAAUGCGCUGCCGUUGGUGGAUCUGCAGGAGGGGGAGGCCGUGUGGAACAACAUGGCUGGCGUCGUUGAGGUGAAGAAGGGGUCCGGAUCCGGGUCCGGGCCCGGAGGGUGGACGUGGGAGCAGAACAAGGCGUUUGAGAAUGCACUGGUGUUGGUGGAUCUUGGGGAGGGUGAGGCAGUGUGGAACAAGAUAGCCGAUGCUGUUGGGGGGAAGACAGCCGAGGAGAUCAAGCGGCACUAUGAGCUGUUGGUGGCGGAUGUGGACGCCAUCGAGGCGGGCCGGGUGCCGCUGCCUGUGUACACUGACGGCGGGAGUCCUGAGGAGGGAGGCUCCGGCGGGAAGAAGGGCGGCGGCAGGGUAGGAGGAGGACGGGGAGGGCAUGGGCAGAAGGGGUCAUCCAAGUCUGUCAAGCAGGAGGGCCGGAAGGGGAUCCUCUGGACCGAGGAUGAGCACAGGCUGUUCCUUCUUGGACUUGAAAAGUAUGGCAAAGGUGACUGGAGGAGCAUCUCAAGGAACUUCGUCAUCUCAAGGACGCCCACUCAGGUCGCCAGUCACGCGCAGAAGUACUUCAUCCGCCUCAAUUCGAUGAACAGGGAGAGGCGGCGAUCAAGCAUACACGACAUCACCAGCGUGAACGGAGAGGCAUCAGCCGCUCAGGGCCCAAUCACAGGCACAAAUGGGCAGGCCGCAGUCCCCGGCAAGUCCCCCAAGCAAUCUCCGCACCAGCCAGGGAACCUGCCCCCAGGCGUGGACGCCUUCGGCACCACGAUCGGGCAGCCGGUUGGUGGCCCCCUCGUGUCCGCCGUCGGCACCCCGGUCACGCUCCCUGUCGCCGCUCCGCCUCACAUGGGGUACGCCAUGCACGCCCCGGUCCCAGGGACCGUGGUGCCCCGCGCUCCGAUGUACCCGAUGCCGCCCCCGCCGUCCCGGUGA